GCUGGUUGCAAAAUGUCUUGAGUAGGUGUUUUCAUAAACAGACUCUAGUUGUCUUUAUUUAUUUCAAUGCAACAAAGUGAAAUAGCAUUUAAGUGUGAUAUAAUCGCAUCAAUCAGCUGUUGAAUGAAAUUUCACCACACAAAUUCUUCUAGUAGUAAAAGUAAGAUUUCCUCACACACACACAGUGUAGUGUGAAAAGAAAGUGAAUAUUAUAUUGAGCAAACCAGGAAGUCGUUUUAUCGAAAGAAAAGUAACAGUGAAAGAAAGUGAUCCUGAAAAAACAUGGACGGAAUUGAUUUGUUGGAAAAACGCAUUGAAGCCCUCGAAGAGCAAAUAUUGCCCAAGGAAACCUCGUUGGAAAACAAGUCCCAGGCCAUCACCGAUUUACUGUUGCAGUCUCAAACGAUGAUCACUUCCGCUCUGAGCUGUCGAGAAUCAAUCACUUCUAUCCUAGGCCACAUGACUACAAUCAACAACUAUUUGGACCCUUGCAAUUGGGAAAACGAUCUGGAAGUUGAAGCUAAGAGGCAUUACUUAUUGGAAUUGUAUCCAGAGCUUAGAAACACUGUCCAGCUGGUACGUUCUGUCCAAAAACUCAUCCCAUACACCAACUCAGAUAAGAUCAUGAAAGUGACUGAGCUGUCAGGCAAACUGGAGCAGCUGACUGAAACUAACCUGGUUGUUUACUCAGAAAGUCGAGACGUGACUCAGAAGGUGCUAAAAUCAUUGCAGCAAUACAAUGACAUCACCACCUCCAUUAAAGUCUUGUUUGCUCAGCUGGAUCGAGCUGUAGUUGUUUUGGAAGAGGCUCUACUACCCAAAUUUGAAACUGAAGAGUAGCGAAUAGUUUUAGAUAUUAGUUUUGUGUUCUGUUAGGGUUAAGACUUUUUAUUUUUUGCUCUCAGUGACUUUGGUGAAUGAGGAAAUCAAAGUUUGAAUUUAGCUAAUUUAAGUGAAUAAGAUUUAUACUAAUUUUGUUGUGGAUUAUGAAUAAAAUCCUUUACAAAUC